AUGGGAAAGAGCCGGGCGCACCUCAAGUCCGAAGAUGGCCGCUGUGCGGUGCGUGAGGUGCCAACGCCGCUGCGCGCGCGGACUGCCCCCAAUGUCCUGGAAGAGGUGAUGAGACGUAAAGGUGUUGAUGAAGCCUGGGACGCGCUGGAGCAAAUGCAUGCAGAGGGCAAGACAACAGACAAGUACACGGUCUCCCGCAUGCUGAUGAAGACGGUUGGGGAUGGGCAAGCCCACCUCGACCCCACCAGAGCAUACAGGGGUAUCUCCCUGGUGGAGAAGUUCAUCGAGCUGCAGCCAGAGGAUGUGGACGAGGUGUUGUUCAACGCGCUGCUGGACACCUGCUGCCGGCUCAAGGACCUGAAGCGCCUGGAGUCCUGCGUCUCCUGGAUGCGACGGCUCAAGGUGAAGCCGUCUCCCAUCACUCUGGGAAUCCUGGUGAAGACCUAUGGUCAGGCAGGUGACCUGGACAAGGUGCUGGCAGCCUGGGAUGAGAUGGAGGAACAGCGGGGCCUUGCGAACUCGGUGACCUACGGCUGCAUGUUGGAUGCCUGCGUGAAGUGCGGCAACUUGCAGAAGGCGGUGGAGGUCUUCAAAGGGAUGCGUGACACGGGCAAGCACAAGAACACGAUCCUCUACACUACCAUGAUCAAAGGCUAUGGCCUGCACAAAGACCUGGAGAACGCCUUGAAGCUUUUCCGCGAGAUGCCGGAACAACAGGUGCCCUACAACACCAUCACCUACAACUCCAUCCUCGAGGCCUGCGUGAAGUGCGGGGACACCUCCUCCGCGGAGGAGAUUUUGGAUCAGAUGGCGAGGACGGAGUACGAGAUUGAACCAGAUUUGAUUAGCUACUCCACGGUGCUGAAGGGCUAUUGCCAGAACGGGGAGCUCCUGAAGGCCCUCUGCGUCUUCGAGGAGAUGAAGGAGCGCAAGCUGCGGUGCGACGAGCUGGUCUACAACACCCUGAUGGAAGGCUGCGUGAAAUCCGAUGAUUGGAAAGCAGGCUGCGGGCUGUUUGGGGAGAUGGUCUCGCGGGGUUUGCGGCCCUCUGCCAUCACAGCCAGCAUCCUCUCCAGGCUAUUUCAGCGAGUGGGCCAUGAAGAUGCCGACGAUAAGGUGGCAAGCCUCUUUUCUUUGUUCCAGCUCGAGCGACCGCAGCCUGCCGAGCGCGGCCCUCGCGCGCGCAAUGCACGCGGGGGCAAAGGGCCGCCACCCUCCCCGGGUGCGGUGGCCGGGAUGCCCGGUGCCGCAAGACCUACCGUCCGCGGCCCCCGGAAAAUCAGGUUGGUGUGGGUGAAUCAUAACGACCUUACACGACCUCACCCCAAAUGA